GCAUGCGCGGUCUCGUAUCCAGGGGCGAUCGCACAGGGCGCAGUUUGGGAGAGAGCAGGUUUGACAGCGUAAAACACAGCUGCAGGAAUCAUGGGAGCCGUAUUCCUGCCAGCGGACACGGCCCACGCUGUGCUGAGGAGGCUCCCAAGAGCGAACUUCUUUCUGGAGGAGAUGAAGCAGGGCAACAUCCAGAGGGAAUGCCGGGAGGAGGUGUGCAACUACGAGGAGGCCAGGGAGGCCUUUGAAAACGAUGAGAAAACGAGACGUUUCUGGGAGGAGUAUCAGCGCGAGAGCAGCCCCAAACCCGGCGGAUUGGACUCAAUAGCGGGCGGAGUCAACUCCAUCUACCUGAUCCUCCCCUUGCUUCUGGUGGUUCUCCUCAUUGCUGCCAUUUCCAUCACAGUUUGGAGGUGUCACUCACGGAAGCGGUCCCAGCGCAGCCCUGCUAUUGGCCGGCCUCAGAGAGACCCCGCCCUCGCGGUGGUGGCUAUGGACCGGUGGGGACGGGACUACCAGCCUGACCUCAGCCCCCAUUCGGAAAUCAGUGCACACAGUAGCCCCGCCUACCCGGGCGCUGACAUCACCCCGGGGCGGGGCAGUGGUGGGGAUUUGCCUCCCUCUUAUGAGGAGGCUGUGGGUCAUAUGGACGUGUGUAUUGAGGAGGAAGCUCCACCACAGUAUGACGACAUCAUCAAUAACCCUGCCAGCAGUGUUGUGAUUGGCCAAGGGAAGUGAAGGGUACUCCACCACGUAAUCUGCUAAUGUACCCUAACUUUUAAGGUUUAUUCCAAUCCCAUCACUGCUUCUGUUGUUUCUCUGCCUAGCCCGUCUUCCUUCUUACGCUCCUUACACUGGAGCCCGGCCAGCUGUCUCACUACUGAUGCAGAGUUUUUGUGUCCGAGAAAACAAAACUGAGUCACUUCCCAAACAGUGACGUGACUCUGAACGCAUCCUAACGUUUAACACGAGUCUAAAUAUGACCGCAGCAGAAAAAGGGAAGUGAGUGCAACGCCCACUGUUGCUCACUAAGAGAAAACAAACCUGGUAAAAGUGCUUAUGCAGCCGAUGUCACUGUCACGUCUCCCUGUUUGACAGCUGCAGGGUCAGAAAUACCUCGAAAUCGAGUGUUAACCUCAGCUCCCCAGCCAGGCCAGGCCCGGCCUAGAGCCUGGCUGCCCUCUGAGUCAUACGAGCGGGUACUGAAGUGGAAGGGGUUUGUUUUCCUUUCCCUAGUUACAUCUCCAUGAUGAUUCAGCACUGUUAACCUACAACAUUCCGCCUCAUUAGAUAGCGCAACACUAGCAAUACUGACAAACACCAAACCUCUGUGGAUCCAGUUACAAGUAGAGCACUACAGCACUUCCUAUAACCUGAUUCAGCUAACCCCAUAAUUAGGAAGCCCUACAUGAAGUGAAUCAGGCAUGUGAGAGCAGAGCACACAGAAAACACUAGACUGCAUAGCAGGGGUGCACCGAUCAUGAGGUUUUAUAGCCGAGUCUGAUUUCUUACAGCCUCAUUGGCUGAUUUUAUUAACCUUUUAGUUGUUUUUUAACUUAAAGUUCACACAUAAUAUAGUAGCACAUUUCCAGUAGAGGUGGAAAAAUAUAUUACGAUACUUAAAGAAAUUUCGUGAGAUGUCCUGAGAUUUUUUUUUUCUGUUUUCAAGAAGGAGCAAAUAGAGCCAAACAAAAACUUGAUGUACAGAUGAUUUUUAUCCAGCAUUUCACACAGUGGUGCAUAAAAAUCUAUUUAAUCUAUCUAAUCAAUUUAAAAGAAACAUGCAGUUGAUCAGUGUUGUUUAUUGCUCAGCCCUAUUUUCCAGCACUUACUUUUAGCUAAAGUUGCAAUAUAAAUAAGUUUAUUUGCUUUUUAACGAGCCAAAUUGGCAUUUUAAAUCCUUAAUUCCUUAAAUAACACGAAUCAAAUAAAAGUGCUACAUUGAUAAUAGAGAGAAACUGGCUGCUUAGCAUAGGGAGUCAUUAGGCCUGUCACAAAUUAUUACAUAAUUAUUUGAGCUGAUUGCGAUUCUUUAAGCUGACUGUUUGCCACAGUUGUUGAUUUCAUCAUUUUCUACAGUCAUAUGCAAAAGUUUGGGCACCCCGGUCAAAAACAUGUUGAUUUUCUAAAUAUCCUCUACAGAGAACAUUUUAAUGGACAAUUAUUAUUUGCUGAGUUUACCAUAUAUAUAUAUAUAUAUAUAUAUAACUGCUUUUAUUUUCCUCCCUUGUGUUAAAUUCACAGAGAAACGUCACAUUUAAGGUUGUUCCCUGUAGACAAUGUUUUGAGACAUUUUCACUCAGAAAAUCAACAAGACGUGAUUCCCGAGGGGUGUUAAAACCUUUGCCUACGACUGUUGGUUUACACAACAAAGAGAAGUGGGUGAAUCAGGUUGAGGCAAAUUAAUGUAAAUAAAUUGAGAAGUCAGGAAUUUUAAAAAGCCACAUGUUCUAUAACUUGGUGCUUUAACGUCUUUAGAUUAGUGAGUAAUGUUUGAUUGCUUUUAAGCUGUUGUUUCUAAUUUUAUCAUUUUAGCAUGUAUUCUUAUAGAACACACGUGAUUUCUAAACAAGACAUUUCUGUGGCUAAGCAAGGUUAAGUCAGUCAGCUAGUUUGGCCAGUUGAGGGUUGUACAUUGAUAGUUGUGUAAAAUGAACAAAGAAGACAAAUUGGUAAUUGCAGUGAUUUACACCAAUCAGGCAUAACACUAUGACCACCUCCUUGUUUCUACCCUCAUUGUCCACUUUAUCAGCUCCACUUACUGUAUAGCUGCACUCUGUAGUUCUACAGUUACAGACUGUAGUCCAUCUGUU